AUGUCACUCUGGGGGGUGCGCCUGGUCGGCCUGCAGCUUUACCUCUCCUGCUGUUGGGCUUUCAGCUGCCACAACACCCCGUCCUCCCCCGACUUCAGCCUCCCUGGGGAUUACCUGCUUGCAGGCAUGUUCCCUCUCCACAGUGCCCCUCUAGAGGCGAGAGGAAGACCCACGGUGACCUUCUGUGACAGGUCCAGCAGCUUCAACGGCCAUGGCUACCACCUCUUCCAGGCCAUGCGGUUCAGCAUCGAGGAGAUAAACAACUCCACCGCCCUGCUACCCAAUGUCACCCUGGGGUAUGAGCUGUACGAUGUGUGCUCAGAGUCAGCCAACAUGUAUGCCACGCUAAGCAUACUGAGCAUGCUGGGGAGGCGCUAUGUGGAGAUCCAGGGAGACCCUGCCCACUUUUCCCCUGCGAUGGUGGCGGUGAUCGGGCCUGACAUCACCAGCCACGCUCUCACCACUGCAGCCCUGCUGAGCCCCUUCCUGGUGCCCCUGGUCAGCUAUGGAGCCAGCAGCAUGGUGCUCAAUGCGAGGAGGCUCUACCCCUCUUUUCUGCGCACCAUCUCCAGUGAUAAGCACCAGGUGGACAUCUUGGUGCUGCUGCUGCAGAGGUUCGGGUGGGUCUGGAUCUCCAUCGUGGGUGGUGAAGGUGACUACGGGGAGGUAGGGAUACAGGAACUGGAGUACCAGGUCACCCGGCAGGGCAUCUGUGUUGCCUUCAGGGACAUUGUGCCUUUCUCCGCCCGACCGGGCGACGAGCGGAUGCAGAGCAUGAUACGCUGCCUGGUCCAAGCCAGGACCACCGUCGUAGUGGUUUAUUCCGGCAGACAGGUGGCCAGGGUGUUCUUUGAGUCUGUGGUGCUGGCCAAAUUGACUGCCAAGGUGUGGAUCGCCACAGAAGACUGGGCCAUCUCUAGUCACAUCAACAGCCUGCCCGGGAUCCAGGGCAUCGGCACAGUGCUGGGUGUGGCCAUCCCGCACAGGCAUGUCCCUGGCCUGAAGGAGUUUGAAGAGGCCUAUGUCCGGGCCAACAAAGGAGUUCUCAGGCCUUGCCCCCAGGGCUCCUGGUGCAGCAGCAACCAGCUGUGUACAGAAUGCUGGGCUUUCACGGCACAGGCGAUGCCCACGCUAGCAGAGUUCUCCAUGAGCUCUGCCUACAACGCGUACCAGGCUGUCUACACCGUGGCCCAUGGCCUCCACCAGCUCCUGGGCUGCACCUCUGGAGCCUGUUCAAGGGGCCGGGUCUACCCCUGGCAGCUUCUGGAGCAGAUCCGCAAGGUGAAUUUCCUUUUACACAAAAACACUGUGACAUUUAAUGACGAUGGCAAUACCCUCAGCAACUAUGACAUAAUCGCCUGGGACUGGAGUGGCCCCAAAUGGACCUUCAGGGUCAUCGGCUCCUCCUCUCCAUUUUCAGUGUCGCUGGACAUAAAUACGACCAAAAUCCGGUGGCAUGGAAACGCCAGCCAGGUGCCUACGUCUGUGUGUUCCAGGGACUGUCCUGAAGGCCACCAGAGAGUGAUCAUAGGUUUCCACCAUUGCUGCUUUGAGUGUGUGCCUUGUGAGGCCGGGACCUUCCUCAAUAAGAGUGACCCCUAUAGAUGCCGGCCUUGUGGGAAAGAAGAGUGGGCACCUGAGAGAAGCCAGACCUGCUUCCCACGCACCGUGGUGUUUUUGACGUGGCACGAGCCAGUCUCUUUGGUGCUGCUGGCAGCUAAUACCAUGCUGCUGGUGGUGGUGGCUGGGACUGCUGGCCUGUUUGCCUGGCACCUAGACACCCCUGUGGUGAGGUCAGCUGGGGGCCGACUGUGCUUCCUCAUGCUGGGCUCCCUGGCAGGGGGGACUUGGGGCCUCUAUGGCUUCUUUGGGGAGCCCACACUGCCCACGUGCUUACUGCGCCAAGGCCUCUUUUCCCUCGGUUUUGCCAUCUUCCUGUCCUGCCUGACGGUCCGCUCCUUCCAACUUGUGUUCAUCUUCAAGUUUUCUGCCAGGUUACCCACCUUCUUCCGUGCAUGGGUCCAAAACCAUGGUGCUGGCCUGUUUGUGAUGAUCAGCUCAACAACCCAGCUGCUUAUCUGCCUAAUUUGGCUUGCAGUGUGGACCCCACUGCCGACCAGGGAAUACAAACACUUCCCUCAACUGGUGGUGCUUGGCUGCACAGAGGCUAACUCACUGGGCUUCAUGCUGGCUUUUACCUACAAUGGCCUCCUCUCUGUCAGCGCCUUUGCCUGCAGCUACCUGGGCAAGGACCUGCCAGAGAACUACAAUGAGACCAAAUAUGUCACCUUCAGCUUGCUCCUCAACUUCGUGUCCUGGAUCGCCUUCUUCACCAUGGCCACUAUCUAUCAGGGCAAGUAUCUGCCCGCGGUCAACGCGCUGGCCAUGCUGAGCAGCUUGAGUGGCUGCUUCAGCGGUUAUUUCCUCCCCAAGUGCUACGUGAUUCUGUGCCGCCCGGACCUCAACAGCACAGAGCACUUCCAGGCCUCCAUCCAGGACUACACCAGGCGCUGUGGUUCCACCUGA